GCCUACGGGGGGAGAGUUGAAGAGAUCCCUUUUCCUUCUUUUUUCUGCUCAUUCCAUCCUUCUCCGCUCUGAGCGGAGAACCAACCGCGUUCAGCCAUUGAGGGGCAACUAUUUCAGAGCAUCUCGACACAUAGGCAAAUGGAGCAAACCUAUGGAGAGGUGAACCAGUUGGGCGGCGUGUUCGUGAACGGACGACCCCUGCCCAAUGCAAUCCGCUUGAGAAUAGUGGAGCUCGCUCAACUUGGAAUCAGACCGUGUGAUAUCAGCAGGCAACUGCGCGUCUCGCACGGCUGUGUGAGUAAGAUACUGGCGCGCUAUAAUGAAACCGGCUCCAUUUUACCCGGUGCCAUCGGUGGAAGCAAACCACGGGUGACUACGCCAAACGUGGUGAAAAACAUAAGGGAAUACAAGCAAGGCGACCCGGGGAUCUUUGCAUGGGAAAUCCGUGACCGGCUUCUCGCGGAUGGAGUUUGCGACAAGUACAACGUGCCGUCCGUCAGCUCGAUCAGCCGGAUUUUACGCAACAAGAUUGGAAACCUUUCCCAGCCGACCCAAUACGAAGGCGGCAAGCAGGGCUCCUCGCAUGGCGGCCUCUCAUACAACCACAUAUACCCUUAUUCAUACCCCAACACCAUGUCGCCAACGGGAACCAAGAUGGGCAGCCCACCCGGGGUACCGAUGACCGCGGGGCACGUCAGCCUGUCCCGGGCCUGGCCCUCGGCGCACACCGUCAGCAACAUUCUCGGUAUACGGGCUUUUAUGGAUCACACAGCGAUGGCUGGAGCGGAGGGAUAUCCUCCAAAAAUGGAGGACUGGGGAAGUGUCAACCGAGCCUCUUUUCCCGCGGCUCACUCAGUCAACGGAAUUGACAAAUCGGCCAUUGAUGCAGACAUCAAAUAUGCACAGCCAUCCUCCACAUUGUCCAGUUAUGUUCCAGCAUGCGCGUACUCUACAUCGAACCAAUAUGGCGUUUACAGUCCUGCUGGGAGCUACGUCACCCCUGGCCAUCACUGGCAGACGCAGUCCCACCCAGGCAGCGCCAUGAGCAUGCACGCUGGAGACAUCCAUUCUACGAUGGCGUUCAAGCAUCAGUCGAGAGACGGAGACAGAAAACCCUCCAGCCCAAUCAGCAAGCAGCAGCAGCAGCAGCAGCAGCAGCAGCAGCAGCAGCAGCAGCAGCAGCAGCAGCAGCAGCAGCACGACUCGCUGAACAGUGUACACGGACUCAGCCUGGCUACCUCAUCAUCAUAACGCCAGAGGGCCCCAGGCCUGACCCGGACUGAUAUAGGCCUACUCAAGGGCCACAGAAACAUAUAGGCCUCAUUUACAUAGACCUAACUGCAAGAAUUCCAACAGUAAGUGUUUUGAAUUUGUUUUGUUUUGGGCCUAUUGUGGACUCAGGUUUCACAUCCAUGCAUUCGCGUGCCAGAGUACAAUAGCUGUGCGGUCUAUAGCCAUGCGAAUGUAUCAUCAUUGAGGCAUUGAUAUUUCUUUUAUACAUAUUCAACAUGAUUUUUUUUUAAUUGUUUUACAAUCAAAUACCCUCAUGUUGUGCCUGGUGAUUUCUGUUUUAAACUGUGGGAUCAAAUGGGUAAACUAUCGGCCUGUCUGUCUUGUAUCUUUAAUUAUCAAGGCUUGAAAUACGGGGUCCUUACUGUUGUACACCAAUGAGUUGAUGUUCUUAAUUGGUUAUUGAUUAUCUGUCAAUUCAGCGAUGUGAACAAAUACACAAUGUAGAUUUAAAAUAUUUUGCCAAAGCUUUAAUUAUAUAUUUUUAUAAUUACACUGUAAGUACACAAAAAAUAAAGCCUUUUCUUACUCCAAA